GUGGUUUUCCUCCGAACUGGAGUGAUGCCCAAAAUAUGUGACCGCGGACGGGCAGCAUGUGAAGCCUAACCAUAAGGUCCAUAGGUUUCUCUUCUACUCGAACUCGACUGGACAGCCACGAGCAGACCACCACCACCAAAGUCUAAAACCCCACCACCAUUAUUCUUCUUCCUCCUCCCUAACAAGUAACAACAACAAUCAGUAGAUUCAGUACCACCAUUUUCAGUCGAAAAAAGGUGCAGCCGUGCAUGUAAGUGUUGCUGCUUCAGUGAGCAUCUACAGAGAGACACAAAAAUUCCACAAAGAGAGAGAGAGAGAGAGAGAGAAGUGAAGAGAUGUUUCGGAGCAAAUUGACUUGUCUGCUUGGAAGAAAUAAAACCAUAAACCCAUUCUCUUACGUUGGAACCUCCACUUCUUCUUCUAGGGUAUCAAAUGAAUCUUUUCGUCUCUCACACAUCUUAUUAUUUUCAUCUAAAACCUCUUGUACAUCUUUCACCAGAAAUGCUGCUUUCUAUGGCUUCAGAUCUCUUCACAAGGGAUUUUCUUUUCCAUCAUCCAGGAGAAUGUGCACAGCUGCUUCCAUCUCUCCUCCAGCUAAGGAAGGAGUAAAGUUACUAGUUACUGCAGGACCUCAUGCUCAGAAAAUGGUUGGGAUUUGGCUUUUUGGCUCAGCUGCAUGGGUGUUUAGUAUGGUGAUACUUGGUGGGGUUACACGGCUGACCCGCUCAGGUUUAUCUAUGACUGACUGGAAAUUCACUGGUGGUCUCCCUCCUAUAUCUGACGAAGAAUGGCUGGUUGAAUUUGAAAAAUAUAAGCAGUCCCCUGAAUAUAAGCAAGUAAACAAAGGGAUGAAUAUUGAAUAUUUUAAAUUUAUAUAUUGGAUGGAAUAUGCACAUCGCAUGUGGGGAAGGGGUUUGGGUAUCAUGUUUGCUCUACCAUUUUCUUAUUUUGUUCGUAAAGGAUACAUGACUGUCCAACUUGGUGUGAGACUUUCUGCUCUAUUUGCACUUGGUGCGGGGCAGGGACUAAUUGGCUGGUGGAUGGUCAAAAGUGGUUUAGAGGAACCUACUUCUGAAUAUGUGCAGCCAAGAGUAAGCCCUUACCGCCUUGCAGCUCAUCUUACCUCAGCAUUUGGUAUAUGUUGUGGCCUUCUCUGGACUGCUCUAUCAGUUGUAAUGCCUGCACCACCUAGUGAUACUGUAGCUUGGGUUCGUGGGGCUGCUAAAAUCAGGAGACUUGCUAUUCCUGUUAGCUUUGUUGUUGGAAUUACUGCCAUUUCAGGAGCCUUUGUCGCAGGGAACGAUGCGGGUCAUGCUUUUAACACUUUCCCCAAGAUGGGUGAUACAUGGAUUCCAGAGGAUAUCUUGAGUAUGGAACCAAUAACGCGCAACUUUUUUGAAAAUACUGCUACUGUGCAGUUCGACCAUCGUAUUCUUGCAACUGCAACGUUGCUAUCAAUUAGCGGUUUGUGGUGGGCUACACGUAAAUUGGACAUACAUCCUGCUAUACGCUCAUUGCUCGGGAGCACGAUGGGUAUGGCAGCUCUUCAGGUCACUCUGGGAAUAUCAACACUUCUAUCAUAUGUUCCAGUCUCACUUGGCAGUGCCCAUCAAGCCGGAGCAUUAACUCUGUUAUCACUUAUGAUACUAUUGAGCCAUACAGUUCGAAAGCCAUCUCCAGUCCUCCUAAAAUCUUUAAGUUCUUCGGUUACAAGGACAGCUAAUGCUGUUAGGUCAUAGUUUCUGUUUCCUGUUAAAUUAUACAGGAUGUGUAUUCAACCGUUCAUUUUUGUAAUCCCCAUGUCUUCUGCUUUCCUCCUUCACGUUCUUGGUUGUUCUCUGGCUUGGUCUGUUGGUUAGUGGAAAUUGCCUGAAGUGCCCAAGAGAUUAGAUGUUGGGAAGAAAACUUUCACUUGCUCUACAAUUGAUCUAAAUAAUACUAUAUCUGAUCUCAGAAAUGGGCGAUGGGUUUAUGUG